AUGUCAUCGUACAGAAAAUUGGACGAAUUAGUGGAGCAAAUAGAUCCAAAGGAGAAAAUGGACGAUGACGUGGCGGCGUUUCUGUGCGAGUAUGCAGAGGAGUUUAUUGAAGAUGUAACCCGAUUAUCGUGCAUGGUGGCUAAGAAUCGCCGAUCAACCACUCUAGAGCCGUCAGACAUCAGUGUCUGCCUACGACGCAAUUGGGGCUUGAAUGUCCCAGGCGGCGGGGAGAAAGCGCUCCACACGCGACAAAUGGUCACUGAGAACCACAAGCGUAGACUGGCAAACAUAUCCAAGUCCAUCGCUCAGACACAGACCCAAGCUGCCAAUGCACAGGCACAGGCGGACGCCAAAGCUGCUGCGAAUACGAACGCGGAAGCGGAGGCCGAGACAGAUAGUACUACAGCCACAGCCACAGCCACAGCUACGAACACCGCUACAACUCCUGGGAAUGGUGCGGUUGCGGGAAGUACUGAGACGCCUAGUGUUAUUGCAGGCGGGGAUACGACUUCAAAUACAGCGACAGGUACAUCUGGUACUGCUGGUAUAAGUACCGGGGUAGUAGAGAGUGGGGUCAGUAGUACGCAGACAGUGGCAGGGACAACGUCGAAUAUGGAUGCGGGUGUGGAGGGUGCUGAUAAGAGUGUUACCAAUGGUGCUGGUGUGAGUGGCACUGGAGGUGCGACUGCUGGUAUUGCAGGAGAGGCUGGCUCAACGCAGGCAUCGGACCAUAUGCAGAGUUGAGUAGUGUUUAGAGCUUAAUGAGUUGUGAACAGAUACUCUGCAUCAUUGAGUAAGGAUACAAACGCGGCUAUUUGCAGAAAUGAUCGCUAAAAGUGGUGCGGACGUGUAUGGCAGUGCUGGUGUGGCUGAGAGUGUGACCAGAGAUAUACGUUCAACGCAGACAACGGAGCAUAUACAGAGUUGAAUAGAUUAUAGGGCUCGUGAAGUGUUGCGAACACACACGCUGAGUUAUGAAGGUGAUUGCUUGCUAUCCAGAAAUGCAAACACAGACGCCGUAUCAAUAACUAGACACCCGCGACAAGUUUCUGUUUCGAGUGGUAUGAAGUGUGGCUGUGUAUAACCCUCAAGUAUACAUACGCAUAGCGUACCAAUGACUAGACGGGUGUAUGAGAAUUUAUUGAAUACAACCGAUCAUCUUCAGAUGUUGGCGCUAUCCGGACCUCAAGCACACGUCGGUAGCAAAUCAAUUGAACAAUUGUUUCGCCACUUAUGGAUCUUUUGUUGUAUCGAGGAGUGCCCAGCGCUCCAUGGAGUGCGGUUAGAUACCUCGCAUAUACAGGCGAAAUGCUGAAAAUGGACAGUUCUAUAUGAAUACCCACACCUUUGCUAUGUGGAGUAUGUUAAGCAGCGUCCAUGGCUCAAUGGAAUGCUGUUAGAUACUUCCCAUGCAAAUACAGAGAUCGUAUAUCGACUGCUAGUGAGGGGGAAGGGGUGUUAGGACGGACUCUCAUGGAACAACAGAUCAACUGCAGGUUUCAGUGGUAUUCUCAUCCUAUUGCAUGUCGGUUGGAAACCAUCCGUAUGCGCAAGACAGAUGGCGCAGCGAUCAAUCGAUGCGCAAUGGCGGAAGGAAACAGAGUACAAACACAAUCGACAGAUCACAUGCAGGUAGAUGAUAUGUGCUCUUUUACAGCUGUCACUAUAUCCGAGUUGGUUGGUGUUCGAGGCUCUUUGAGGUGAAACUAGAUACUCUCCGCGCGAGCACAGACGGAUAUCGAACUAUUGGUUAAAAACUGAUUCCUGGAGAAGGAGAUUGUUGACAGUCAUGACGAAUUUUAUACUGUCGAGGGUGUAAAUCCCAAUAUAACUUUAACAUUGCCCCAGUAACCACUUGCGGGCCAAUGGGUAGAAACUGGGUCCAACUGUAAGAGAAGGUUCACAGACUCAUAUGUGGAUGAGAGUGAGGAGUGUAAAGAUCUUCGCUUCAUAACAACUGGCACUGCUAAUUAGGGACGUGUCAUAGUCGGAAUGGGAUAAUUCAGGUUGCUAACCACGAGAUCUGCAUAUCCACAGCAGUGAUAGCUACACGUUCGGUGUGAAUAAAUUUACCAACGAUGACAGAUGUA